CGGGCUAUUUUCACYUUAAGAGGAACAAACUUAUAUUAUUGGGACUUUCCUCACUUCCCCUCAAUAAAAGAGAAGUACAGCUGUCCUGAGUGAGUGUUUAUGAAAUCAGACUAAAACUAUUUAUUAGAACAAGUCGUCAGAACGGAUCAGUCUGAAUGGAUCCAGCAGUGUUUCCUCUGGUUCUCCUCACCUGUCUGACACUUUUUACAGUGUUGGAAACACAAAGUAUUACUGCUUUGUAUGGAGAGACCAUUGUUAUACCUUGCAAUGGUGGAAACCCACCACCAGAGGAUCUGGUGUUCAUCAAGUGGAUAUACCACCUUCAUCCGUUCAGAUUUUUGACACGUCUGAAGCUUUACAGAAGGACAAACUAACAAUAGUGGGAACAUGUGUUGUAGCUGAUUCAAACCCUGCUGCUGACAUCUCAUGGAAAAAGAGUGGAAACCUCUUGGUGUCUGAUGGAAAAGCUGUUGUGAUCAGCAGCAGUUUUAAGCUGAAUCCAGCCACAGGCCUGUCCACCACCACCUCCACCCUUCAGUAUGCAGCUGCUAAAGAAGACUCUGAUGCUGUUUUCACCUGCAUAUCCACAUACAAUCGGACCAAUAAAGACGUCGACCUGAAACCUUUUCCCAUUUACUAUCCAUCAGAGAAGGCUAGCCUCCAAAUCCUGUCGAAGGAACCCAUUGUAGAAGGAAGUAAUGUGACACUGAAGUGUCAUGGUGAUGGAAGUCCUCCACCCAGCUCCUUCUUCUUCUACAAAAAGGGUGUAAAAGAACUUGUGGAAAAUUCAAAUACCUACAUUUUGACUUCUAUCGGAAGAGAUGCAGCUGGCGAAUACAAAUGUUCCCUUGCAGAUGACGAGAAAAUUAUGGCCUCCAAACACAUUGUUGUUAACUACAUUGACCUUACUGUCAGUCUCACUGGAAGAACUGUAAAGAAAUUAGGAGAUGUGUUGCCUGUGAAGACAGAGAUGAACACAUCGGGUAACGCUACAGUAACAUGGAUAAAGAAUGGAGUAAAGGUGAAGGAGCCACAGUUUAACAGUCUGACCUAUGCUGAUGCAGGAGUUUACAUAUGUAAAGUUUCCAUGAGUGGACUCACUGAACAACGAAGGUUUGAGCUGGUAGUCGAAGGAAAACCUUGGAUAAUCAACCUAAGGAAACACAUCAUGGACAGAAGCCAAGUCCUGAUUUGUGAAGCCAAUGCAGUUCCUGAACCCAGAUUUGAGUGGAGCAUCGGUAGCAAAACUGAGGACAGCUUCAACUACACUGACGGCAAGGCCGUUAGUAAAAUCACUGUUGUCCCUGAGGGAAAUCUGACAGUUUCCUGCACCGUUACUAACAGUUAUGGAGAAGAUGUUAAGACCAUUGAUCUUUAUCCUGAGCCUUCAGGAAACUCCUCAGACCAUAUAAAGCUCAUAGCUGUUGGGCUGGUGGUAGGCUUGGUUUCUCUUGCUGCUGUUGCUGGGCUGGCCUUCUGUCUGCGGAGAAAAUCAAGAAGACAAGGAAGUUGGUCAACUAGAGAGAGGAACACUGGAACACCAGAGGAGAAUGAAACACUUCAGCACCAUAAUAUCUGAUAUGUAUUUUAACUGCAGUUUGCACAACAUUGACUGCAUUUGUGUGUAACUAGGGUCAACAAGGCAGAAGACUGGUUAUAGCAUGUGUUCUACUCUAAACCAGCAUGUGAAAUUUUCACAGCAACAUCGUUGCAGAGCUUGACUGUAGCCUUUUGGGUGGAGUCUAAAUGUUUUCCUCAUGUUCUCCAGUUAUCUCCCACAGACCAAAACAUUCAUGUUUAUGUUGAUUGAUGACUCAAAAUCAUCACUAGGUCUGAGUGAGAGUGAAUGGUUGUUAUUCUGACUCUGUGAUGGACUUGCAAGCUGUUGUUAUUUAUCUAUCUCAAGCUGUCAUUGGGCAAACAAUGACUGCUGGAGAUGGGUGUUCAGUUCAAGUUGGGCUUUAUUGAUCCAGAGGAAAUUACGAGGUACUCUGUUACAUACAUACAUACAUAUAUACAUACACACAUACAUACAUACAUACAUACAUACAUACA